AUGCGUGCCCCAUUCAUUCGGACGGUCUCCACCACAACCACGCUUUGUCUCAGGCCCAGACCUAUAAAUCCGCGCAGUGCGCCCUUUACCAGCGUCUCUCGUUCUCUCAACCGCUCCUCCAAGCCGUAUUCCACCGACGCCCCCUCCAUUCCCUCCCAGACAUCCAACCCCCGUUCGCGCCUCGGUCGAUUCCUCGGCUUCACCUCCAUCGCCGUUCUCGCCUUCACUGCCGGCCUGGUCUACCAGACAUCCAAGACCGUCUCGCGCAUGAUGACUGUCACCCUGCCCACCGACGAGGAGACCCUGACGGCCUUCGCGCCCCCGGAUGAGUUCUCCCAGACCGUCGACGAGUACAUUCGCAACCACCCGUUGACCGUCUCGCUGCGCGAAAACCCCGCCUUCACCGAGUCGCGGCCGCACCUGAAGAUCCCCGAGGCUCUGCGCGCGCGCAACUUGACCGCAGGCACCCUCGCCGGCCCUGAGAAGAUUGUUGUGCCGCCCUACAUCUUCUCCGAGGAGGGCGGCAAGAGCCUCGUGUCCAUCUUCUACCUCGGGCCCAGUGUGUGCGGCCACCCGGGUAUCGUUCAUGGUGGUCUGCUGGCUACUUUGCUGGACGAGGCCAUGGGCCGGUGCUGUUUCCCCGCGCUGCCGAAUAAGGUUGGUGUGACGGCCAACCUGAACAUCGAUUACCGUCGCCCCGCCAUGGCGGAAAACUAUGUCGUGCUGCGCGCCGAGACGGUUAAGGUCGAGGGCCGCAAGGCGUGGGUCGAGGCGCGCAUCGAGACGCUCCCUGAGGACGGCAAGGAGCCGCAGGUGCUCGUCGAGGCCAAGUCGCUGUUCGUGGAGCCCAAGCAAGCUGCGGCCAUGUCGAGUCUGUACAAGAUUACCAACUAG